CUGGUCCGGCUCAGCCCGGUGCCUCCCGUUACUCAGGAGUAUAAAUGGCGGGAGCUGGAAGAGCAGCGUCAGGCCCAGAAGCUCCAGAGGCAGCUGCAGCAGGAGCAGGCCUACCUGCUGGCCCUGGGCCAGAACCAGAACCAGAACCAGAACCAGACCCAGACCCAGAUCCAGAACCAGGGCCUGAACCAGAGCCUGAACCAGAAACAGAGCCAGAGCCUGAGCAAGAACCAGAUCCAGAACCAGAGCAACGACCAGGACCGGCUCGGCCCGGAAAAGCCCCCGGACCUCUCUGGCCCCGCCCCCGACUCUGAGCCAAUCAGAGAGGCGGAUGAGCGCUACAGGAAGAACGUGCAGGGUUCCCCCCAGGCCGCCGCCGCGGUUAAAGCGCCCGUACCGGCGCCGCCCCCCCGCUCCGAGGCCUCGCACCCCAACGGGGGCGCCCCCCCCGAGCCGCCCGCCGCCAUGCACCGGCCCGGGGGGCCCCAGCUGGUGAUGGAGUUCUGUGGGGCGGGAUCCAUCACAGACCUGGUGAAGAACACCAAGGGGAACUCGCUGAAGGAGGACUGGAUCGCCUACAUCUCCAGGGAGAUCCUCAGGGGCCUGGCUCACCUGCACGCCCACCACGUCAUCCACCGGGACAUCAAGGGCCAGAACGUGCUGCUGACCGAGAACGCCGAAGUCAAGCUGGUGGACUUCGGCGUGAGCGCCCAGCUGGACCGGACCGUGGGCCGGAGGAACACCUUCAUCGGGACGCCAUAUUGGAUGGCGCCGGAGGUCAUCGCCUGCGACGAGAACCCCGACGCCACCUACGACUAUCGGCGCCCCCUGGAGGCUCCCUCCCCCUGCCUGACCGUGUGUUGCCCCCGCAGCUCGGCGGAGCCGCGGCUCCUGUGGGAGCGGGUGGAGAAACUGGUCCCCAGAGCGACCGGUAACAGCUCCAGCUCCUCCAGCUCCUCCAGUAACUCCGGCUCCCAGCCCGGUUCUCACUGUGGCUCCGGGGAGAGGUUCAGGGCCCGCUCCUCGUCCAAAUCGGGGGGGUCGCCCCUCCGGCGGCCGGAGGGCGGCGGGAAAAAGCCGGAGGACAGGAGGGACCCGGCCCGGUCCGGCCGCCCCGCGGACCUGACGGCGUUAGCUAAGGAGCUCCGCGCGGUGGACGACGUGCGCCCCCAGAAUAAGGUGACGGACUACUCCUCCUCCAGCGACGACUCCGACACCACGGACGAGGACGACGACGAGGAGGUGGACCAGGAGCCGGGGGAAGAGUCCACCUCCGGGCCCGAGGACUCCCGAGCCGUCUCGGCGGAGCCGCGGCUCCUGUGGGAGCGGGUGGAGAAACUGGUCCCCAGGGCGACCGGUAACAGCUCCAGCUCCUCCAGCUCCUCCAGUAACUCCGGCUCCCAGCCCGGUUCUCACUGUGGCUCCGGGGAGAGGUUCAGGGCCCGCUCCUCGUCCAAAUCGGGGGGGUCGCCCCUCCGGCGGCCGGAGGGCGGCGGGAAAAAGCCGGAGGACAGGAGGGACCCGGCCCGGCCCGGCCCCGCGGACCUGACGGCGUUAGCUAAGGAGCUCCGCGCGGUGGACGACGUGCGCCCCCAGAAUAAAGUGACCGACUACUCCUCCUCCAGCGACGACUCCGACACCACGGACGAGGACGACGACGAGGAGGUGGACCAGGAGCCGGGGGAGGAGUCCACCUCCGGGCCCGAGGACUCCCGAGCCGUGACCUCCAGGCUGAGUAAUGGUGAGACGGAGUCGGUGAAAACCAUGAUCGUCCACGACGAGGGGGAGAACGACGCCGGCUCCACGCCCUGCAAGGACAGCACCCUGAUCGUCCGACAGCGUAGCCUCCGUAGCUCGCCCUUCGCAGUAGCGGGCACCUUCCCGCCGCCCGACCUGGCCCGGGGCGCCUGUAGACCCUCAGCCGUCUGCCCCUCUUUCUACUUCCAGAGCACAGGUGACGGCAGAAAGCACUCGGCGCCCGGCGGCCGGGGCCAAACGCAGACCCUGGGCCUGCUGGCCCCCGAGGGGCAGACGGCUGAGGGUCUACAGGCGCCCCAGGCCAGGUCGGGCGGCGGGAAGGUGCCCGCUACUGCGAAGGGCGAGCUACGGAGGCUACGCUACGGGGGGGAGAGAACCCCGAGUCAGUCCAGUAACAACAUGCAGAAACACAAGUCUUCUUCCUCCUUCACUCCGUUCAUCGACCCGCGCCUCCUCCAAGUUUCCCCCUCCACCGGCAGCGCCCUCAAUAAUGUCGGCUACGCUAACGACGCCCGGCUGGCGGAGGCUCUGCGGGCCGACCCGUCCCGGAAGGGCUCGGUGGUCAACGUGAACCCGGUCAACACCCGCCCUCAGAGCGACACGCCGGAGAUCCGCAAGUACAAGAAGAGGUUCAACUCGGAGAUCCUGUGUGCCGCGCUGUGGGGCGUGAACCUGCUGGUGGGCACGGAGAGCGGGCUGAUGCUGCUGGACCGCAGUGGCCAGGGGAAAGUUUACCCGCUCAUCAACCGCCGACGCUUCCAGCAGAUGGACGUCCUGGAGGGGCUCAACGUGCUGGUCACCAUUUCAGCCGAACGGAUGUUGCGCAACGCGGCGCUCGUGCACGCUGUGUCACACCGACACGCGUCUCCGCUUUCCGUGAUGCCAGCGAAGGCCACAGAGUUGCACACUCGCCCCCUUUUCGCCCGAAUGAGACUCAUCUGCUCCGGUAGCGUGUAG